AUUGGAGUGCAAAAUUAACAACAAAGAAAAUUUGAGUGAAGAAAGGAAAACUGCGUAAAAAGUUGAAAAAAGGGCGAGAAAAGUGUUGAGAAUUUUCAUUUUUACUUGCAAAAUUUGUGCAAAUUGAGAAAAAUGCUUGAUCUUGAAGUUGUGCCAGAGAGAUCAUUGAGUUAUUUGGGGGAAAAACAAUGGGAAUUUAUUUUGGGGAUGCACUUUUCUCAGGCUGUGGGGAUCAUUCAGUCGCAAGUUGGUGUCAUAAAAGGUGUUCAAGUUCUCUACUCUGACACGAAUCCUUUGGGUGUGGAUAUUGUGAUAAAUCUACCGCAAGAUGGGAUAAGGCUCAUCUUUGAUUCCGUUGUACAGAGGCUCAAAAUUAUUGAAGUAUUCAACAUGAAAUUGGUUAAAUUGAAGUACUGCUCCUUGCCCUUCAAUUCACCUGAAGUUGCACCAUCAAUUGAGCAGAUAGAACAUUCCUUCGGGGCCACACAUCCGGGUGUCUAUGAUGCAGCAAAGCAACUCUUUGCUCUUCAUUUUCGCGGCUUGAGCUUCUACUUCCCAGUUGAUAGUAAACUUCAGCCAGGCUAUGCUCAUGGUUUGGGUUCUUUGCACUUCCCAAAUGGAGCCUCCCCGGUUGUGUCAAAGAUGGCCAUCUACUGUGGCGGUAGUGUGGCUGAGGCACGUGCCCCCGCAAUGCCACUUGCAUGCUACAAUCAACACCUGUACUUGGAAUCGGCCACAGUGUUGAGGAAUGCAGCCGGCACAAAGGGACUCAGGCUGCAGUUGUACACCGAAGGCAAUGGACGAGCACUUGAGCCACGGAAGCAAUGCAUGACACGGGAGAUUCUCUUUGGCGACAGCUGCCAGGAUGUGGCGAGUAAUUUGGGUAGUCCAAAUCGGGUCUUCUUCAAGAGUGAGGAUAAGAUGAAGAUUCACGCGCCCAGCGCAACGCGUCACUCUCAGGCUAAGCGUAGUGAUUUUUUCUUCAACUACUUCACCCUUGGCAUUGAUAUUCUCUUCGAUGCACGGACACAGCGCUGUAAGAAGAUCAUUAUGCACACAAACUUCCCUGGGCACUAUAACUUCAACAUGUACCACCGAUGUGAAUUUCAACUUCAACUUCAGCCUGAUAAGUCAUUCGAUGAUGGAUCCAACACCGCAGCACCCCUCAGUAUUUCAGCAUACACCAAAUGGGACGCAAUUAGCAACAGGCUGGAACCCUCUGAUCGCCCAGUGGUACUCCAUCGUGCUGGCUCAACAAAUACAGCCAAUCCCUUCGGAUCGACCUUCUGCUACGGCUAUCAGGAUAUAAUUUUCGAAGUAAUGCCUAACAACUACAUUGCAUCCGUCACUCUCUACUCAUGCACGGCUUUCCCAAAAAUCUGGCCACCACCGCUUAGUUGCCAACAGAGUGUCAAUCCCCCCAAUCGAAUGCCCCGGACGCAUGAUACGGUAAAAAUCUCAGCUUGACGACAAUUCGGGAUUCUUGGUAAUAAUCAAAAGUUGGUCAGUCUUUUCGCAAAAGAGUAGAACUACAAAUCUUUUUUUUUUUUAAUUUUUUUUGUAUAAUUUUUUUCUGUACUUUUGCAUCAUUUUCUUGGGCGCAAUAUUGCCUAUAUUACAUUUCAAAGACUUCUUUUCAUCUUCCAUAAAUUCAUCCCAUUAAACUAAGGGAUGGUCACGUUAUUUUGGAAACUCGGGCGAACAAAAUCGAUCAAAAACUGUUUUUUUCGGUGUUAAAUCUUAAUUCCGAGUAUCAGCAAUCGUGGCGCUAGUUGUCAAAAAUGUGAACAAAGUGAUGUGUCACGUGGUACGGUGACGUCACUGAGUACACAGCAAAAUGGUAUUUUAGCUCGAUAGAGUUUCCAAAAUAACGUGACCAUCCCUUAUGAAUUCGUUAUAUUUUGAAAAGAAGAUUUAAAGUAAACAAUGCUCCUUUUCAAAAUUAAGAAUUCUUGUUUUUUUGCCUUUUAUAGAGAAAAAAAAAUGUACUGGUAAGCUGACCAAGCUUACGGGAGCUGUGUUUCUUUCAGUGUACCAAUUUUGUGAGAGCAAACUAGAACGCGAAUUAAUUUAAAUACGCGCAAAGUCGGGAAAAGUUGAAAAGUCAUACCCUAAGAAAUGUUUGGAAGGCCAUAUCUCGAGAACGGAUCCAUAGAUUUUCAUAAAUUUUUUUUUGUUUGAAAGGUCUUGAAGUCAUCUAUAACAUAUCGAAAAAUGAAAAAAAUUUAUGUCGCCAUUUUCGAAAAAUUCGAGUUCGAAAUUUUCGAAAAUUUUGUUUUUGAUUUUAGCGCCUCUUGCGGUCAUUUCUCGAAGUUGCAAUGUUCUAGACAUUUGUAGGGUUUCACGAAACCUUUCAUUUGCGCUUGAGUUGAUCAAGAUCGGACUUGUAGAACCUGAGAUAUGACAUGCCAACUUUGGAAGGCUAUAUCUCGAGAACGGAUCCAUAGAUUUUCUUCAUUUUUGGCAUGAAACUAGAUAAUAUAGUCAGCUACAACAUAUCAAAAAAUGAAAAAAAUUUAUGUCGCCGUUUUCGAGAUAUUCAUCGAAAACUCAUCGAAAAUUUUGUUUUUGAUUUUUGGCCCCCUAGCGGUCACUUUUGAAACUUAGGAUGUUCUAGAGAGUUGUAGGGUUUGUUGAGAUCUUUCAUUUGACUCCGGGUUGAUCAAAAUCGGUCAAGCCGUUUUCGAGUUAUGGUCGAUUUUCGAUGAAAAAUUGUGGCGGCCAUAUUGACUAAACGGCUUGACCGAUUUUCGAAAAUGAGGUAUCGUUGGAAAGGUAUUGAUGGCCCCUACAACAUAUCAAAAUUUCAGACCUCUAGCUAUAAUAGCGGCUGAGAUAUAGCGAAAACAAAAUUUUGAGAUUAUUCAAAAUGGCGGACGGGGGGGUGGGGGGGUGGAUUUGACCUCAUAAUCGGAUUUCUUCAGGUCGAUAUUUAAACUUUGCCGUUUACCGCAAGUCUCUAUCUAUCACCGUUCUCUUGCAAUUUAAGUUUAUAAUCCGGACGGACGGCCGGCCGGCCGGAAAAAACUUAUUUUUGGCGCAUACGUUUUUUGGAAUGUGGGGACCCUAAUUCGUGCUCAUACCAAGUUUGAGCCCGAUCUGACGACUUUCGAUUUUGCUCGGUACACAAAAGCUGUGUCUGAAAGAAACACAGCUAACUAUUAAAUGAUCUAUAAAAAAAAUGAAAAUAACAACAUAAAAUACCAAAAAAAAAAUAGUUGCAAUUUAAAAUUAAUUAAUCAAACUCAUGUAACGCAAUUGAAGUGUUUCUCUCGUAUUAAAUAAAUAUUUGUGGUUUAAAUUGGUUUAUGCAAUAGAUUAAUUUUAUCCCAAAACAAAACAGAAUUUUAAAAAAAAAAUCAACUUCUAAUACGAAACUUGAUUUGUCUUCAAAAACUUUUUUUUCCUUUACCACAAGAAUCCAUAUUUUUUUCUAAAGGACAUUUUGCAACAUAUUGAUACAAAAAUUUAAUAUUGAAAUAAAUGUGAAUAAUUUACCAAGUAAAA